AUGGCGGGUUCGAUGACUGAUGUCGCCAAAACGGGCGACAAAGGCCCAAAAAUGUUGGCGGUAAUGUGGACAAUGACAGCACUUGCCACGUUACUUGUUAUCGCUCGUUUAUGUGUCCGACAGCGAAUGCUACGCAACUUCGGGUUCGAUGACUGGUUGAUCGGAGCAUCUAUGAUCUUCGGGCUAAUUUUCGUUGCGACUGCGACAGUCUCCGUGACUUAUGGAUAUGGACAGCACAUGAGCAAUCUCGAUCCUAAGACCGUUGAGCCGGCCCUCAUGUGGAAUAUGAUCUCGUUCAUUUUCGGAAUUAUAUCCUUCGCAAUACCGAAGCUUGCGGUUGCGGCACUACUCCAUCGAAUCCUGAACCCAAGCUUCAUCCAACGUAUUAUAGUGUGGGGUCUUGUCAUUCUGGUCGCUAUCAUUGCCCUCGUCAACAUCCUGAUCUACGUUACCAUGUGCAAUCCGCCGCAGGCACUUUGGAAACCUUCGAUGAUACUAAAAGGGGGGGGCGACGUGUCGGGAUCUUUCUCCGCGUUCGUCGAUCUCUUCCUCGCUAUCUAUCCAGGCGUUGUUCUGUUCAAACUGCAAAUGUCAUUGCGCAAAAAGAUUGCAUUGACUGCUGCGCUUGGUCUGGGUUCAAUUGCGGCUGCAACUGCAAUGGUCAAAUGUGCUCAGAUCAAGGGUCUGGCUGACCAGACUGAUCCAACCUUUAGCACUGUACCUCUUGUGGUUUGGACAAAGCAAGCGAUUCCAUCUUCCACCAAUGUCGAAGCCAAUGUCGUUGUCAUUGCCGCCUGUAUACCGACAUUACAGCCGAUGCUUGAACUUAUUCUGAGAAAGUUGAAACUCGUUUCGACAUUUAAGGGUCACUCCAAGCCAUCAUCCUACGCACAACACAAGAUAUACGACAAUCAAUCCAGUUCUUGGGCUCACGCGUCGAAAAAGGAAAGAACUACUCCGUCGCGGAAGGAGAGUCAGGAAAGUAUCCUCAAUGACCUGGAGCAAUACCAGAUACGGCGCACGGAUGAAGUCCAUGUUGAAUAUGAGAUGCAGCAGCCGAAGGCAGCUUCGAAAUAA